GAGUAAUGACUUCUGAAGAUGAUGGUAGUUACAAGACAUUGGGAUUACCUACUCAACCAUACUGUCGUAUUCAUUGCCAUCAGUCAGCUGUACGUGCAGCACGUUUUAAUGCAGAUGGAAAUUAUUGUAUGACUGCUGGUGGUGAUAAAACGAUAAAAUUAUGGAAUCCAUAUAAUUUUCAUUUAUUAAAAACUUAUGCAGGACAUGCAGGUGAAGUUUCUGAUGUGCAGGCAGGUAAAGAUAAUAGUCAACUUGGUUCAGGUGGAGCAGACUGUUUAGUUAUAUUAUGGGAUGUUGCUACAGGGCAAUCUGUUCGUCGAUGGCGUCGUCAUGCUGGACGUGUGAAUUCUGUUCUGUUCAUUGCACCAUUUCAUAAUUCGGAUGCAUUAGAUCCUAGCCCAAUUUUAUUAUCUACUGGUGUAGAUGGGAUGGUUCUAGUUUGGGAUGCUAGAGCACGUACUCCCUAUCCAGUUCAGACUAUUCAUGAGGCACGUGACAGUGUCACAUGUUGUACAUUUCGUCGACAUCAAAUUGUUACUGGUUCUGUUGAUCGAUGUGUUCGCACGUACGAUAUUCGACGAGGUGAAAUGACUGAAGAUUAUGUUGGGUAUCCAGUUACAUCAGUUUCACUUACCAUGGAUUGUCAAUGCUUCCUAGUUGGUACGCAAGAUUCAACUUUACGUUUGUUUGAUGCAUUAACUGGUGAAUUGCUUAACAGGUACACUGGACAUACCAAUCAAACAUAUAAAAUGGAUAGUGCUCUGAUGAAUCUAGAUCGUCAUAUAGUCAGUGGUUCAGAAAAGAAUAGUCUUGUUUUUGUAUGGGAUUUCAUACGUUCAGAUGUACCGAUUCAUACACUAGACCAUCACCCUAGUGGCAGCGCAUGGGGUAUUUUAUCUCCACACAAUCCGGAACCAGUUGGUGAAUUGAUCAUUGAAAAUGCUAAAUCACUAAGUUUUAUGAUUCACUCACUGUCACCACAUCCUAAACAAAGUAAAUUACUUACAGCAGGUGGUGAUUUUGUUUGGUUAUGGGAUGCUGAAUCUAAGGUUGUUGAAGAAAAUGAAUAGAGAUCUGUAGAUAUGAUUUGGUUCGCACAUAUAUUUUGUCUUGAAAAUUCGAUGUAAAUAUUUCUCCACCUGAGGACUCUAUAAUCGAUGCGGGUUAAAGGUUAUAACAUAAAAUCCCUGUUGUCAUUGUAUCUGUGCUAUACAAUUUCUCAUUGACCCAUUAUUUAUUGGUGAAUAAAACUUUUACCUUCCUUUUACACAAUCUAAAGCAAUUACUUCGUAUUUAACCAUUUUAACUAGAAACAGGGAUGUUGAAUUAGUCUGCUUUUUAAGCUAAAAUAUAUGGAGCGAUUGGAGGAUAGAAACGUGGUAGACUAUGGAACUGUCGAUGAUUAAUUGGAAUUACUUGUUCAUCGUUAAUUAGCUUCGUGAUGUUAACCAUAACCUUUUAAUUGUAAUGACUGCUAUCUAGCAAGUUUUGUAUUCUUAAUAACAAGAUAGAGCUAUCUGAAAUCGGUAACAUGUACUGUGAAUUUUAACAGGCCGCUUGGAAAAAGCAUCCUCGAAACAACUACCAUUUAGAUAUACUGACCAAAUGAAAAGUCCAUGUUAUACUAAUCAAAAUAAUUAGUCAAAAGCGGUUUUCUCCUGGUAGAUAUACAUGUAUGUACUUAUGCAUGUGAAUCGGUUUAGCCCAGUAAACUUCCUUCCUCA